AUGGCGCCUCUGAAGUCUCGACAAAACCAUUCGCUUACCCCAUCGACUCCUCGGCACCCUAAAGGCCCGUCGGCGAAACCAGUUCCGGUAACUACUUCCAUCGACCCAAAAGUAUUCGGUGAGCUGUUUGCAGGAGCUGUGACCAUAUUCUUCUUUGCUGUCAUCUUCUGGAAGACAGGCAAGUUCAUACGAUCAUUCAACCGGCACAAGGUGCUAAGAGAAGGAAAAGCCGCUGAGGCUCGUUAUGCAAGGACAUGGUAUGGCUGGGUGUCACUCGAAACGCAUGAGAGAAACAAGAAUAUCUUCACAGGGAUCUUUUCACGAGUCCGAGAAUGGACCGCUUGGAAAUCGACUCGCACAGAUUACCGCUGGGUGUGGUGGGACCCUGGUCAGAAGGCGUUGGAAGAACGGCGCCAGAAUCGAAAACUACUUGCCUGGCUGCCAGAAUGCUUCAAAAGCUAUGACUUCAUCACAGCAGACGAGAUCUGGAAUACGGGGCCGCCCACACAGUGUCAUGGUGCAUUAUCCGACGACCAUUCUCAGUCUGUUUGGCCCACCAGAUCUAUGAGACAACGGCGUGAUUUAGACGACAGUCCACCCUCACGACAGUAUUUCAAGGACAACGAAGUCACUGGAAAGACAUUGAUCUCUCAACAAAUGUCUAAAUCUAGAGCGAAAUCAGUCCUAUCAACUCCUCAUGAACUUUUGGCGGAACAUCUGUCGGCCAACGCGAAGGACGCAAAGAAGUUAUCGAGGAUUUCGGUCAAAGUUCAGUCACUACCAAUAGUGAGACCAAAAUCCCAAGCUCUAACCGCACAUCGGUUAUCUUCAAUCAUAUGGCUUGACCGGACCACAUACCGGGACCCUUCAUUUUCGGAAUCAAGUAGCUUCAUGACGGCCAAAUUCACCAAUUCCUCUCAUUCGCACGGGAUGUCCAACACAUCAAUACGCACUAUUGACCCAAAGCCUCAUCAUCGCCACAACUGGCGUAGACAUCAAGUAUGGUCAGCUCAGAUGCAGCUCAAAGCCCCCAGACUUGUACUUCGUGGCCUUAGAGAUUCGUCCGGUCCUCCUGGAACUCCUCGGACUAGUUUCCUGGCCAGCUUCCUCUCCGAACAGAGUGCCUUGAGUCUUGUUCCUGAGCGACUAAAAAAAUGUGGACUCCAUCUCCUGAGAGGCUCAACUGGGAGAUUUUCUGUGGCAUUUAGCCCGGGAAAUACUGUAAGGAAACUUCACUCGACACGUGCGAAGCUUACAAGUUGGGGAAGAAUAAAGUACGACACCGCACCGACAAGGUCUCGGAUGUUGAUGAAUACUUCACCAACAGUCGACAAAAGGUUCUCCCAUCCUUGGCACACACUGUGGAAGUUGAAGCAGCCCUUACACUCGCGGAAUGCCCUUCACAACCUUUGGCCAUCCGCAGAAAUCAUCGCACAGAGACCCGGCUAUAACAUCAGUCAACCAAAGCCAGAUUUGGAAUGCCCCCAGCCUCCUUUCAAAGAACUGAGUGACUGGGAGAUGAGGCUAAUAGACGGUUUGGAUCGGAAACUGGUGUGGAAUUUUAACGAAUUCACCCCCGGUCAGAAGCCGUAUCAUUUUGCAUGUCUUGCCAAUCACUGGCUAAACUGGGAGACCUGGGUUGUAAUUGACCCUGUCUCUCGAGUCACUCAAAAUGCACGGCGGCAAUACGGAGAUCCGCGAUUCAAUGUCCCAUAUCCAGACCCAUGUUUGGAUCCUCGGCCGAAGUAUCCACUGGCUGUCCACAAGCGAGCAGACACUCGACGUAUCGACUCAUGGCGUGCUGCGAUCAACAGACAGAGAAGAGUAUGCGGACUCCAAGAUUUCGUCCGCUCGGUCGAGCUUUAUGAGGACUCAUGCGAUGAGCCCCCGGAUGGGAAAAUCGACCCUGCAUGUUGGAUCUUGCCAAAGCCUCCCCAGGGGUUUGAGAUGAGCACGAGGCAAAAGAAUGCAUGGUAUGAAGGAGGGGCAGGCUGGCAAGAGAAGCUUGAAGACUGGCAGCGAGUUCGCAGGGCUAUCGACUACAAAAAGCUUUAUGCGAGGGCCGCGUAA